GUGAGACAUCAGCAGAUCUCCAAUCAAUUGCCAGUCAUCCCUGUCUUUGAAGAGGAGAUGGUAAAUAGUACUUUGAUACUUUGCCCAGAUGGUUAUGAGGCUUGGAUUCAUCCGUGUUUGUCCAGCAAACUAAACAGAGAGCUAUUGAAAAGAAACCAUUCUUGAAAACAAAAGAGAAAACAGGGCUUGUAACUCCUCCUCCUAGCAUAUUCCUGCAAUUGAAUACAUUCUCUUUCCACAAAUGGUAUUGCAGGCAAAGAAAGAUGAACAUCCCAAUUCUUCUCUCAUCCCAAAAUCUAAGAGCAUCUGGAUAAUUGACCACAUUUAAAAAAAAUAAACAAGAAGAAGGACUGGAAUUCAUACACUGUUUCAUUUACUUUGGAUUUCAUCAUCCACUAAAAAGUCCUGCAAGAAUGAAUAUGAAUCUCAGAAGAUGGCUGGCCUUAGUACUCAUGGUACAACUGCUUUUCAUCUUCGCAGCUGUGGACAGCUGCUUUCACAACAGGAGGACAUCCAGGAGGUUGGAUUCAAUGCCAGCUUGGGAACUAAAAUAAUCAUUCAUGGUUUCAGGGCACUAGGCACCAAACCGUCAUGGAUAAAUGCACUGAUUCAAGCCUUCCUAGAGGUAGCCAAAGUCAAUGUGAUUGCUGUAGACUGGGUUCAGGGAGCCACAGCAGCCUAUCCUACUGCAGUGGAAAAUGUUAUGACAUUGGGACUGGAAAUUUCUAGUUUUAUCCGCAAGUUACUGGCUAUGGGGGUGCCAGAGUCAUCCAUCCACCUUAUUGGGGUGAGCCUUGGAGCACAUGUUGGGGGCCUGGUGGGCCAAUUCUAUGAAGGCCACCUUGGAAGAAUUACUGCUCUGGAUCCAGCCGGGCCAAAAUACACAAGAGCCAGCCCUGAGGAGCGUCUGGAUCCUGGGGAUGCUCUCUUUGUAGAAGCCAUUCACACAGAUUCGGAUAAUUUUGGUAUCCGAAUACCCGUGGGGCACAUUGAUUACUAUCUUAAUGGAGGAAAAGAUCAGCCUGGAUGUCCCCGUUUCAUAUUGUCUGGCUACCAAUACCUGAUCUGUGACCAUCUGAGGGCUGUGCAUUUCUACAUCAGUGUCUUGAAAGAUUCCUGCCCAAUGAUGGCUUUCCCUUGUUCUAGUUAUAAGAAUUUCUUAGCUGGUCACUGUUUAGAUUGCUCCAAUCCUUUCUUGAUCUCCUGUCCCACAAUCGGACUUUUGGACAAUGGAGGGCUCAACAUAAAAACAUUACCUAGAGAGGUUAAAGUUUACUUGGCCACAGCUGCAUCAGCACCAUACUGUGUACACCAUACACUUGUGGAGUUCCACUUGCAACAGAGGAGAACUUCAGAUACCAAUAUUGAGAUAACUUUUCUCACUAGCAAUUCCUCAGCUAGCACCAGCUUCAUCAUACCCAAGCAGCAAAUGCUGGGCAAAGGCUUGCUGAUUCAUUCUGCUCCACUAUGCCAGAUAGAAAAUGUGAUGUUGCAGCACCUUCACAAGUUUUGGAAGAGGAACAAAGAUGAGCCACCUAUUGUUGGGCACUUUUGUACUGCAUCUCUGCCUGUGGAUAAAAAUGAGAAGAUGAUGUGCUUGCCACAAGUGCUGACUAUUACAAGUCAUAACCCCCUUCUUCAGAACCUCAACAUUCAGUGUGAUUAACCCAGUUUUCCCUUGUGGACACAGAUAUUAUAAAGGGGCUAUAACUUUGAAGGUAGAUAUUUUAAAAUUAAAUGUAUGGCGUUAAAAUUUUUUUAAUGUAUUGCCUGUCACAGAAAACUUGCUUCACAUCAACUGCUAAUAAUUUAAGCCUGUUUUUAGUAAAAAAAAUUAAAUAGUUUUACAACUAUGAAGAAAAUAAAUACAAUGUAUAUAAAAUGGAACAGCACCUAAUUGAACAGGACCUAUUCCUAACAAAUCUGGAGUAAAAAUAAAUAGAUUCUGCCAGAAACUGGCUGUAUGUGGUGCCAAUUGUUUUAAGUGCUCCCUAUAUAUUACUCUCCCCUGUAAAUGCAGUUCUCCCUUUAGAAGGAAGCAAAUGGGAUGUUUUCUUGAUGAACUUUCAGGAGUGGGAGGCCAUUAUCAAGGAAGAGGGUAUUUCAUGAAUUUCUCUUCUACUGCGUAUCUCCAUUAGCACAUUCAACUCAGUUUUCUGACCCAUUAGAUCAGGGGUGUCAAACUCAUGUCAUCACGGCGGUGUCACAUGAUGUAUUGGGACUUUUUCCCCCUUCGGUAAACCAGGUGUGCGCGUGGCCAAUGCUGGAUGCAUCUGGCCCACUGGCUGGGAGUUUGACAGCCCUGCACUAGAUGAAGACUUUACACAAUGCAGGAUAAACUUUUUCCAUUUGUAUCCCAAGUAGCAUUUUGCAGUAAAUGUAAGCAAAAUUCUACCUCUUAGUCUAAAAUCUUUACCCAAGACAACUGGCAUGUUAAAAAUAUAAAGAUUUCCUGGAUCAUAUUUCUUAAUUCAAAAAAGGAAAAGCAUAGAAAAUGGACAUAUACAUGUUUUGUCUGAUCUUCACUCCUUUUGCCUCAGCAAAAUCCUUUGGUAUUAAAAUAAAGACAUCAGGAUUGGUUACCAAACUUGGCAUCACUAUUUUAAUUUUAUUUUGUAAAUAUGUUUUUGUAGGUUUUAAAAGCAACACCCUCAAAACUGUUAACAGUAGAACCUUUGCCUCUCAUUAAUAAUGUAUAAAAUAAAGUUUUGAUUUAACUUUCCAUUCACUUGGGCUUCCUAGUGUAAGUCUUUUCAUCGCACCAGUGCUUUCUGAAGAGAACUUGAUGUCACUGAGGACAAUGCUAUUGAAAAACAACUUCAUUUCUGUCAUGCAAGUUGGAUGAAUUAUUGAAACUAAUAGCAGCAUAUACUGUAUGCUUCAUCCUCUCAAUUCAUUGCAUCCCUACAGUUGGUAUAUUAUCCAAUGCAGGAAGAAGGAAGACAGUGUUGCUAUAUUAAUUUAUAUCCUGAUUUUCUCUCCAUAAGUUACUCAAAGCAGUUAAGGUAACAAUUAAAAGCCAACACUUAAAAUAUUAUAAAUCACUAUAUGGAUCACUAUAAACUAGCACAAAUUGGAAAGGGAUGUAUUGACUCUUUCCAAAGACCAAUUGGGAGAAAAAGGAAAGCCUUUUACUCUGUGCCUAAUAAAUAAAACUUGGAAAGCAGAUGCAUCUUCAAGAGAAUUUCUCCAGUUGAUAUUACUUCCUCAAUAGAUUCAUCCUGUGGUCCCUAGAUAGUUAAGUUGUGAACUGUUUAAAGGCAAAUUCUUAAACUUUACCCUGAAAGUGCAGAUCUUGUAUCACAGUUAUAAUGUGUAUCUAGUAUUAUACACCAGAUAGCAGCCUAUUUGUUGAAUGUUAUACCAACUGAAUUUUCCAGGUAGCUACUCUCAGCCUGGGGGUGGAAAGUUAAAUAUUUAAGUUCUGUGCAAUCGUGGGAUGCCUUUGUGAAGAAUAUAGCUUUAGUGAGAAGAAUGACUCCUCACAUUGGCAAGCACACUAAUGAUAGCCAAAAAUGGAAGGAACAAAUGAAAGAUUGUUUUCUUCCUUCUUUGAUUUGUGAAAGAAGAGAAUUAAUAGAACCUCCAUCAUGUUCCAUCAGUUAAUUAUACCAUUAUAAUUCCAAGACAUAUAAUAUAUUUAACAUAUAUCAAGUGUUCAAGAAAACAAACAUCCAGGUGCCAGAGCAGAUCGAUAAACUCUGGAAAAUAUCCCAUCACUGCCCCUCU